AUGUCCUCCAAGUCGCAAAUCCCCUUCGGCACUCGCGCCAGCAGCCACCCCAAUCCGCUCGCCCGCAAGCUCUUCGAAGUCGCCGAAGCCAAGAAGAGCAAUGUCACUGUCUCCGCCGACGUCACAACCACCAAGGAGCUCCUCGACCUGGCCGAUCGACUGGGCCCGUACAUCGCCGUGAUAAAAUCCCACAUCGACAUCCUUUCCGACUUCAGCGAAGAAACCAUCACCGGACUCAAGGCAUUGUCGGAAAAACAUAACUUCCUCAUCUUCGAAGACCGCAAAUUUAUCGACAUCGGCAACACUGUGCAGAAGCAGUACCACGGCGGCACCCUCCGCAUCUCCGAAUGGUCGCACAUCAUCAACUGCGCCAUUCUGCCCGGCGAAGGCAUCGUCGAAGCCCUAGCGCAAACCGCCCAGUCCCCCGACUUCCCAUACGGCUCGGACCGCGGUCUCCUCAUCCUCGCCGAGAUGACCUCCAAGGGCUCCCUCGCUACCGGCGCGUACACCUCUGCGUCUGUGGACUACGCGCGUAAAUACCAGAGUUUUGUGCUUGGUUUUGUGUCGACUCGUGCCCUGACGGAUGUGCCUGCUAGCGUAGCGGCGAAUGAGAAUGAGGACUUUGUUGUUUUUACGACGGGUGUGAAUCUCUCGUCUAAGGGGGAUAAGUUGGGUCAGCAGUAUCAGACGCCGCAGUCGGCGGUUGGGCGGGGCGCGGAUUUCAUCAUCGCUGGUCGUGGGAUUUAUGCGGCGGCUGAUCCUGUCGAAGCCGCGAAGCAGUAUCAGCAGCAGGGUUGGGAGGCGUACCUGGCUAGAGUUGGAGGGCAAUAG